GACUCUUCGACCCCUGUCACUCCUGCUGAAUCUCGACUACACGCACGACGGCAUCCUACGUGGCCGUACACGUGUAACCCGCGUUUCCAGAAAAAUGUAGAAAUUAAUGGCCGGAUCUUAGCCGUUAAAUGCUCGGCCCGCCUUCUGCCUUUCCUUCCUGCUUCCCCCGUUGGGCUGGUCGCAGAAACACCAUUCCAUACUCUCCACCGACUCUGCAUCACUGCGCUUUGCAAACCCUAAUUCUCCCAAUUCGCCAUGGUCAACGAAGCCCAAGCUUCGACGUCCACCGUGCAGACCGCGGAGAACGCCCUCUCGUUCAUUUCUAAAGGAUGGAGGGAGGUGCGGGACUCUGCCGAUGCGGAUCUCCAAUUGAUGCGAAACCGAGCGAUUUCGUUCAAGAAACUCGCCACAUCCUUCGAUAAAGAGUUCGAAAACUUCAUCAAUUCGGCGGCUCCGUUCUCGGUGCCGGCGAUGAAGUCAUCGUCUUCUUCCUCGUUGUCGUGGUCAUCGCCGGGGGAUAUGGAUUUUGUGAAGCGGCUGCAGCCGAAGCUGACGGAAAUCCGGCGGGUGUACUCCGCGCCGGAUUUCAGCCGGCGGGUGCUGGAGAAGUGGGGACCUAGGGCAAGGAUUAAGAUCGAUUUGUCGGCGAUAAAGAACGCAAUUGUGGCUGAGGUUGAGGAUGGAGAUGGAGUUCGGGGGUUUGACAGUGAGCGGUUGACGAAGGGAGGGAAGGUGCCGUUUAAAGAUUUUAGGUGGGAGUGGAAGGGAGAAGGGGAGGAGGGGCUUCGAGAUUGGGAGCCGAUAAAGGCUUUGAAGACGAGGUUGAGGGAGCUCGAGAACCGGAGUUCAGGUUCGGAGAUUUUUGAAAGUCUGAAGAACAGUGAAUUUGUGGUGAAAGUGAAGUCAAGUUUGAAAACAAUUUGCUGGGAGCCUCAAGACUCAAAGGAUGUACCACCACUGGAUGUACCAGAACUCUUGGCAUGCUUGGUUAGACAAUCUGGGCCAUUUUUGGAUCAACUUGGCAUUAGAAGGGAUAUUUGCAACAAGAUAGUAGAAAGCUUGUGCAGCAAAUGCAAGAACCAACUUCAUCUGCGCUCCCUAUCUGCUAGCGAAUCGUCCUUUCUUGAGAAUGACAACAUUAAUGAUGAACUGGAUUUAAGAAUAGCCAGUGUUCUCCAAAGCACAGGCCAUUGUUAUGAGGGUGGCAUUUGGGAUGACUGUGUAAAGAAUGAUUUAUCAGAUGGAAAAAGGAAUGUUGCAAUUGUCACAACUGCUAGUCUUCCUUGGAUGACAGGAACAGCUGUAAAUCCACUGUUUCGAGCUGCAUAUUUAGCCAAGUCUGCAAAUCAGAAUGUCACACUGUUGGUGCCAUGGCUUUGUAGAUCAGACCAAGAACUUGUUUAUCCCAACAGUCUGACUUUUAGCUCACCAGAAGAGCAAGAGGCUUAUAUUCGCAACUGGGUUGAGGAAAGGGUGGGUUUCAAGGCAGAUUUCAAAAUUUCAUUUUACCCGGGAAAGUUUUCAAAAGAAAGACGAAGUAUAAUACCGGCUGGAGAUACUUCUCAGUUUAUUCCAUCCAAGGAUGCUGACAUUGCUAUCCUGGAAGAACCAGAACAUUUGAACUGGUACCAUCAUGGUAGGCGUUGGACUGAUAAGUUUAACCACGUUGUUGGUGUGGUCCACACAAAUUACCUAGAAUACAUCAAGAGGGAGAAAAAUGGGGCUUUCCAAGCUUUCUUUGUGAAACACAUAAACAAUUGGGUUACGAGAGCAUACUGCCACAAGGUACUUCGGCUUUCUGCUGCCACCCAGGAUUUACCCAAGUCUGUCAUUUGUAAUGUACAUGGUGUAAAUCCUAAAUUUUUGAAAAUUGGAGAAAAAGUGGCUGCAGAAAGGGAACUUGGGCAGCAAGCUUUCUCCAAAGGAGCAUAUUUCUUGGGUAAGAUGGUCUGGGCAAAGGGGUACAAGGAGUUGAUAGAUUUGUUAGCAAGGCACAAAAAUGACCUCGACAGCUUCAACUUGGAUGUUUUUGGGAAUGGGGAAGAUGCACAAGAAGUUCAGAGCACAGCUAAAAGGUUGGAUCUGAAUGUGAACUUUCUGAAAGGGAGGGAUCAUGCAGAUGAUUCUGUUCAUGGUUACAAAGUCUUCAUAAAUCCCAGUGUUAGUGAUGUGCUGUGCACAGCUACAGCGGAGGCCCUUGCAAUGGGAAAAUUUGUUGUUUGUGCAGAUCAUCCAUCAAAUGAGUUCUUCAGGUCAUUCCCCAAUUGCUUGACGUACAAGACAUCUGGGGACUUUGUUGCCAAAGUGAAAGAAGCGUUGGCUAAGGAGCCUCAACCGCUUACUCCAGAGCAAAGGUACAACCUGUCAUGGGAGGCUGCCACACACAGAUUUAUGGAGUAUUCUGAGCUUGAGAAGAUCUUGAACAACGAAAAGGAUGAUGCUAAAUUGAAAAAAUUUAAUGGAAGGAGUAUUGAGAAAUCAAUUUCAAUGCCUAGCUUGACAGAUAUGGUUGAUGGAGGGUUGGCAUUUGCUCACUACUGCUUAACUGGGAAUGAGGUCCUUAGGCUGUGCACGGGAGCAAUACCCGGAACACGGGACUAUGACAAGCAGCACUGUAAAGACUUGAAGCUUUUGCCCCCGCAAGUUGUAAAUCCCAUCUAUGGCUGGUAAAUAGAUGGACUAAUGCGCAACUUUUCUGUUUAUGUAUGAUAAAGCACGCAUUCUACCAAGGAGCCAGCCAAGUUUGUUUAAUCUCUUGGGGGGUGGUGGCUGCUUGGUUUUUGUUAGUGAUGUUUAAAUAGCCAAAUCUAGUUUGAUGUUUUCUGCAACUAUCCUGUAAAAUGAAGACAGCAGAAGUGUAUAAUCCAUAUUUUAAUUGCACGGUUGGUUGUUAUACAGAAGUCAAUGAAGAGAGAGAUUAAGCUGGUUUACUGCCUGCUAGGAUCAAA